GGACCCGAAUCCGAGGGACCCGGCGGGCGGUGACGUCACUCAGCGGAUCACAGGUGUCCUGCCCUUAAGAUGUUUUCCUUUGUGACGAGAAGAUUUUUUCCAACAGCUGCCAAGGUUCAGAAAUUAUUACAGUUGCAAGGCAAUUCAAACACCAUCGGUAUUUACCAUUCUUUUUCAUCAAAGAAAAUCGUCUCACUGACAACGAGCAAGUAUUUCCAAAUUCACAAGCAAAGAUCCACAGUAUGUUGGAACCAAACUCAGCUUUUUCACGAGUCCUUUCAGAAAAGGAAAACUAAAGAAGAACCAGAGAAUCGAGAAUUAGACUUAAUGAGAUACGAUUUUAAAGAGAUAAAGAGCACACCAAAACCCGCCAUCUAUCUGGGCUGUGCUGGAUUAAUUCCUUUUAUAGCAGCUCCUCUGAUAAUGGCCGUAACCGAGACGUACUUCCCCGAAGUAGCUUUUGCCCAAAUAACAUACGGAGCAUCCAUACUUUCUUUCCUUGGAGGAAUUCGAUGGGGAUUUGCAGUUCCAGAAAACAGCCCCGCAAAACCCGACUGGUUGAAUUUGGGGAAUAGUGUGAUUCUCCCCCUCCUCGCCUGGAUAGCUCUAGUCUUUAAUAACCUCACUGAAUCCGCUGUUAUGGUGAUCAUGGGUCUGGGAGUAGCACUGCACUACGAUUUGUCCUUACUCCCAAGUUAUCCCUCUUGGUUCAAAGCUUUGAGAACAAUACUGACUGUGGUGGCAACAUUCUCCUUGGUUGCCACAAUGAUGAUCAAAAGUGCGUAUCCCGAGAAAAGACUAAAGUCAAAUGACAAAGGAAAUCAAAAUUUCUAAUUAUGAUUCAAACUAGGUACAACAGAGGUUUUUUUUUAAAACUUAAUUAUUUCAAACGAAAAAUAAAAUUAAGAGGGUCUUGCACACUUAAUGUUUAUUCAGGAUUUGGAGAUAGUAAAGUGAAAAAAGUCUUUAAUCAGUGAAAUAGAGGACUCAAAUAUUGAAUUCGUGAUCAACAAAUUCACUCUUUGUAACAUGAAAAGUAAAAGCAAAUGUUGAGGUCUAAACCUUUGAAAUGUCUUGUCAAACUUUAGCUUUAUUUUAUAUACAAAAGUUUUGAGGGUGAGGCAAAGGGGGAAAUAAAAGUGAUAAUUGGAUUAUUUCAGUUUCUAUCACUUUCUGUAAUGUUACAUCCUCAUCAGCAUCUUAAAAGACCAAUCCAAGAUGCGAUGGAUUUGCUGACCUAAGAACAACACUUGACUAAUGAAUUUUCCCCACUCAAUAGGAACAAAAAUCUUGGUAAAAGGAUUGGGGAAACAAUUGUAAAUGUGUGUAGAAUAAUACGAGGGCUGUAAUUAAAUCAAAGAUAUUGAUUAUCUAUUGAUUACCUUUCCCCUCCAGAGGUGUAUUUCCAUAAGGAUUUCAUACUUUACACAUGCUGCUGCCUUGCCCCUCCUAAUCCUGCAGCAAGGACAUAAGGGAGACAUUUAAUCCUCAGACGUGUGGUUUUUGCAGUGCAAUUUUAUGAGGGUCCAGCUAUACUGUACUAGGCCGACUCCUCCAGACCCUUUCGAGGAACUUAAUAAGNAAAAAUGACCAAGUUUAGCAAGAAAUGGGAACCCAGGCAAAGUCUUCCCAUCGUCCAUUAAAGGAUUUAAUAGCGUUCUUAUAAAUCAUUUUAAUUGUUGAUUUGGUAAUUGAGGUCAUAUCAAAUGCAAGUAUUAUUAUUAUUAUUAUCCUGAAGCAGACUUCAGAUGUUGCCAAACAAGAGCACACCAAGGCUGAGUCCUCACCGAGAAUUCACACUCUCACAUUACUCCUGCUGGAAACUAUGCAUAAAUGGACAUUCAAUAAGGCUGGGACUGACCUUGGCAGUAAUGCACCUGCUGACAUUCACCAUCUGGGUUUACACGAACGAUGGACCCUUGCUGUGAUGGUCUCUACAGCUGUUGAACCGUACCCAGGAAGAGAAGGAAGUUGUGUAUUGUGGAUUCAAAUGUUUUAGGUGUUCAGCUGUUAGAAAUGUCUAUUCUCGCAAUCUAAAAAGUGUCAGUGACAGGAUAAUUCUAUUUACCUGAUGUGAAUUUAGAUUCUAGUCUGUUCAAAUGAAGCAUUGCAAUAGGAAAUAGGAGGAAUUACACUGGUCUCAUUGAAAUGUCAGUCAAUAAAUGCCACAUUCAUAUAGAUAGUAAA